GUCACUUUAAAUAGACUUGCUCCCCGCCCGGUCCACUUUUAUCAUACUACCACAAUAUCCACUACAUCCGUCAAAUUGAAUUACCCGGCUACGAACCAACAAGCCGAGACCCGCCGAACAACUUAAAUCUGACGAAAAAGUGACAAACUUAAAUUUACGUUUUCUCCACACUCUUAGUUUGGGAGGACAAAGUGCGACACGGCUUUCUGCAUGUGACAAUGUGGCAAACCUGAGGUUAACUAGAGAAAAGACGGAGGUGGAUCGCAACUCAUUGAACGAUCAACAAGUUGGAGUGUCUUUGGAGAGGAGAACUACAUGAAAUUCCUUCAACUUCAACAAGAAGAGAGGACGAGCAAUAGUAGCUUUGACCUGCAUUUUAAGGCUGCAUUACCUACCAGCAUACAUCCAGUGAGAAGGUAGAGAGAGGUAAGUUACCGUUAGAUUGUUAAAGAUGCAUUUGCGGACGUUACACGAACGUCAAUAUAGCAGAAAGUGACGCUCGGGCUCCGUUAGAGCCUUUAAUGAUUGACUUCUCGACAUGAACACAUAGGGGGCUACUAUUUUUAGACAGAAAUGUGAGAGUCGUCCUCCCAGGAGAAUUUAUGUGAAGUUUUAGCCGCGGGAUAGUGAUAAAACUCGGCUGUCACACUCGUGCUGAAGCCCUCUCGAAAGAGCCGUUAGAAGACGUUACAGCGUCUCGCGCACAUCAAAGUCUGUAGCAAGCUAACAGGCCUUUGCCUUUGCCCGUCCUGAAGUUGGUAAUGUUUGUCGAGUUACACCGCGAUAAGAGGAGGUCGUUAAAACAUUAAAACAAAACCGUCAAAGAGGAACGAGCGCUUACUGCGAAAUACAGAAGUCGAAACCUAAAGUAAACGGCCGUUUAUAACAGUUACGGCAGCAAUUACGAAAACGCUCUGAAAGUUUUCUAACGUAAACUGGAGACGUCGCGAGAAAAAAGCUGCCGCCGCCGUCUCCACUUGUACGGCUUGUUCAUAAAAACACAAGUGUUAAUUGUCCCUUAACGUGAAACAUUCACAAUGACUUAAUAACUUUGGUGUUUGGAAACUUGUUUUAAACUCCAUCUCACUGUCUGUUCCGCUAUGUCCGGGAGACUCCCCGCUUGCGCCAUGCACUCUGCCACUCCCUGCAUGAGGCUACGUAAACAGCGUAGAGAGCUGUGACUGAUGCAAAGAGACAAACUUUGAAUAGUGAUCCCUACCCUUAGGUUUAAGUCGAAGGAUUACUUCACCUGGCCGGUCUGGUAUUAUUUUAGAUAACAUAAACAUACAUCUGGGUCAUAGUUUAGUGUCUUUUUAUCUCUUUUUACACAGCCUACCUCAUCUCUACUGUUUUAUGGCAGGACGCCUGUAUAGAAGAAGCCUACAGUUCCUAUAGUAUGACCAAUAUAACCUCUUUUCUUUUAGUUUGGAGGUGAAAAGUAAUCCAAGUGCUGCUUAGUUCUCAUGCUGUCAUCAGGGUUGUAAUGAUCUGGGCGUGAGAGUUUUAGUUUGAAGCUGCCAGGGGAGUUUUCUUGGAGACAAACACAAGUUAUAUGUACUUUAAGUAUUACUUAUCUAAACACGUUGUUUGUGUGUGUCGGGCCCUCUAAAGCCAACUUUGUUUAAAUGUUAUCCAUGUUGCAAUCUUUCCCUUCCCUGCCUUUUAAUAGUCGAUUCUGCAUUGUUUGCAUUUAACCACCACAUGUGGACUAAGAGAAUAAUCAAAUAUUAGCAGUUGUUUGGUGUUACUCCUGUGCUUGUUCCCUUACUGGUUCCUAUUUGUUGUUAAAAACUACUACAUAGCUCGGAUAUAGUCAAAAACUAUUGGCGUGUCCCAAAUUGCAUACUUCCAUACUAAAUACUUAGAUUUUUCAAAUUGAGUAUUCUAAGCAUACUAUGUACUCAAUCGCCAAGUGCUUGAGUUUCGAGGGUGCAGUGUUGUCCCAAAUCGCUUACUGCGGCGCGGCGCACCCACCGGAACUGGCGAUGUGAUUUCUCCUUCUAUGCCGAUUUGUCACUGGCUAGCUCUGCAUCAGCUAAUUACUGCCACCUUUUGCCUGCGCCCGUUCAUUCACUUGUGAGGUAAAAUCAGCAACAAACUAAACGUUCAUCGCUCAUUUUUACGCUACGGGUAACGCUUCGGAACCCAGCAGCCACUAGCUAACUAGCUAACGAGCUAACUAGCAUCGAUAAAGUUUGCAGUAAAAGACAAACAGGUUACCCAGGUUACACCACAAAUAUACUCAAAACGAUAUACGCUGGCGGUGCUUUGUAGAAAGAACGUGUAAAAGGCGACUUAUUACUUACAUCUGUACAAAGCUACCAGGUCGACCGUCGCCGAACCACUGGCACCACAGCUGUCCACAGCCAUUCUUACUGAUGAAAUGAGUGCGGCGAGUGUCCACAGUCGGAUACACAAAAUCUUGACCGAUUUGAAUACGUCAUCCAGGUACUUUUGCCUACUUAAUUUUUGCAUACUAUCCAUACUUUUUUCCAUUUUGCGCUGAAUAUACUCAAAAUUUUAAGUAUUUAGUACUGGAAGUAUGCGAUAUGGGACACAUCAGUAGGUUGUAAUUGCAGGAUAUUACAGGGAAAGUCUAAUAUACAAAAAAAUUGGCAUAAGAAGUGGCCAUAACAGAAAUAUUAGUGAGUUGCAUUAUUAGAGGUGUAUAGUUAGAUGUAUUUUUGGAGAUAACAAUAAUUUUAAUAAAGCCAGAAGCUGUCCUGGAUGCACAAAAUUUGUCUUUAAAUCUUUUUGUAUACUUUUAACUAAAGUGCAAAUCUGAAUCACUGGUUUAUAUGCCUGAAAAAGAUCAGAAAUAUACACUGAUCAGCUAUAACAAUAUGACCACUGACAAAAGUGAAUAGAUUUAUCUCUGUACAAUGAGAUAUUACAGUGGUUACAGGUAUCAAUGAGCUUAUUGCCCUCAAAAUUGAUAUGUUGGAUGUUUUGUGGGAUGGUCCUGGUCUGCAGUAAUCAGUGUGCAUCCAAAGUUGUCCAAAGAAGGAAAGACACCUGGUGAACCCGUGACAAGGUUACUGGCAGCCAAGAAUCACUGAUAGGGAGCUGUGGUGGGCCAAUGUGUCAGAACACACAAUCUAUAAUCUAUGUUUUGCAGGAUAACGAAGUCCGAUUCGUGGAGGCCCUGACUUGCUACAUACAGAAUAUGCCCUUAACAUCAGGGUGCCAGAUACCACAGCACACCUUCAGAGGUUUAGUGUCUCUUCAGGUUGUUUUGGCCCUGACCUGAAAAGAGAGGAGUCAAGAUAAGGCAGCCAGUCAUAAUGUCACAGUUAUUGGGGCAUAUAUGAAGCAUUUUGACAAGGCAUAUUAAUAUGAACUCCUGGGCGCUGGUUCAUGAUUUUAUGGCUGGUCAGUGUAAAUCAGGAGAUGAUUUUAUUUACAGGUGAAGAGAAAAGAGAUGGUAAGGCAGGUAGAGGCACUGAAUUGGAGAUAGUAAAUUAUAAAUCAGAAAAAAACAGAUAGUAAUGAUAGUAUCUGUCUUUCUACUACAAUGCUUGAUGUUACUGAGCUCUGAAGAGAGAAAUAUCAACUAGAGAUGAAAGUAGAUGUGAAUCACUCACCUUGGUACUUCUCCAAAAACAACACCAAACUACUGAUGCUCCUACAGUGCACUUUGAUCAUGAACUGAAUUUGGAAAUAUGUCCCCACGAGCUGAGUGGCACUGGAUUAAAAGCUAAAGAGCUGCUAAGGCAAAGUCAGCCAACCCAAGAGCAGAUGGGGUAAAUACUACAAUCAUUUGGGUACAUCAGUCAGACAUUGAUAAAUACAGUUUGCAUAUGUUUGUUGUUUUUUACGUCCAAGUAGAACAGGAUGAAAGAGGGCAAAAUGCUCUUUAAGCUGAACUGUAUUCACCAGGCUACUGCUCUAGUUUGUUACACUACAUGCUAAUUAAUACAACCAACAGUUGCUCGGCUAACAAAACAAAAUGGAAAUUUACUUUAGCUCCGAGCAGAUGCUCCUGCUGAACUCACAGUUCACCCAAACUGCCACAAACAUCCAGAGGCAAAAGGAUGUUUAUCUGUACACAACUUACAACCUGUUUUUUGUAAGGUUUCCAGUAUGGAAAUCUAGAUCAGUCUGCUUUCAUGCAAUGGUUUUGGACCUUUGCAGUUACAGAAAAAAAGAGUAUCUGAAGUGGGAUAUACACCUGAGAACCUUUUUUAGCCCCAAGGUUUGUUUCCAGUUUCCCCAGUUUAACGGAAAAAGAGAUGUAUAUUCAACUGAAUCUUCAAACUCACUGAAAAGGGGAAUGCAAAGGAAGAGACACAUAGAUUUCUGUCAUGAGAGGUGGCAAAAGGCACAGGGCAGAUGUGAAUCCACACACUGAUUAACUUUAAAAGGCAGGAUAGUUGAUGUUUUACCACUGUUAUUUCAAGGUGAGGUGAUCCAUCUCUCGGACUGCAGCAAAGAUCCUGUUAAAGCAAUCCUCCCCCUGCUAACAGAAGCAGGACUUGGCAUGCAUUCAUUGUGAACUUAGAGCUGGGUGAAGUCCACACACAGUCCUUGUAAAGGGAUCCCUAUCAGGACAACAAGCUGAAUUUCCCUGGUCAAUUAAAGUUCUUGCAAAACUUUGACUGUAGAGGCAAAGGUGCAGCAGGUGAUCUCAAUCUGCUGAUGUGACAAAGUAAAACUCCACAGGUGACCUCUUUAAAGAGGUAAUUACAGCAGCACUGAUGUCACACAAGGUUGUUUGACUGCAGGUCCUGUUGCUGUUUCUGUGCUCUAAUAACAAAGUAGUACAAAUGUCCUGUGGGACCAGGUAUCUAAUGUUGCUCCUUUUGCUCGGUGCUCUAUUUCAGAACCUCAAGUCUCAUUGUCAACCUCUAAUUACCCCAAAAGACCUCUAGCUGAACAGAAGUAUAUGAGCCUGCUACAGUAAGUCCUGACCUCAUUGUGGUGCUAUGGAAAACUCAGGAGCUCAAGUCUGUUGAAUUCCUCCUCUGUAAAGCCUGCAGGAUAGAAGGACAAUGUGCAAUCGACCAACUUUAAUUUAGAGACCAAAGUAAUAAGGAAACUAAUAAAAAAAAAAAGAUGCAAAUCAGCCAUAAUAAACUGCAUCUGUAUAUUUGCUGUUUGGAGUCAUGGCAGUGUCUGUAUCAUACUGCAUCCUCUGAUGUUGCCAAGGCUAGCUGACUGUUAGCCAGAGCUGCAUUUCAAAUUAUGUGACACUGGGAGAUUUUAGGGUUCAUCAUUUAGGGACUUCCAAUGUCCAAACAUAUCGUUUGACUCCUAAGAAGGAGGGCUGAGCGAUAAAACAAUAACGAUAGAUAUUAAAAUAAAUUUUCCUCAGUAUCAAAAUGAAACAUGGUCAAUAUCGUUUUCGAUAGUCGGCAUUCUGCCAUGUUUUGGUAGAUUAUACAAAUAGCCGGUAAAAAGGGGAGUUGCUCGCGCUGAACUAAUCAUGCUGAAUCAGAACUAAGUAGCGAACAACUGCGUAGUAGCAGGCUGCAGCUACACGCAACCAUAGCACUUUAACACGUGAAGCCAACAGCACUGUCAGUGAGAAAAUGAGUGCUACUCCCAGCAGAAAUGUAGACGAAAGGUCCUUACACAUCGGGAGCGUUUUUUUCGUGCGAUUGUUUCAGACAUCAACAUUUUUUUUUUACCCGUAUCCUGUCAAUACAAGCGUUCACAUCAGUGACGUUUUCCCAUCCUGCAAUAUUUUUUCGUAUCACGGUUGAAUUUUUUUAAGUUUCGCAUACUGUGUGUCCACUUCUGACCAAUCAGAUUUCGUGUUGUUGCGAUGUCAGAUUCACCGGUAUACCCAACAUGGCUGUCCGGCUGAUUGUUUACGUGUCGGAGAACAGAGUGUUUUUUAAUAAAAAACACAGAUAUUACAAAGAUAACGACCUGAAGGACAACUUGUGGAGAGUCAUAGCGUCGGAUUUCUCAUAUGACGAUAGUUAGUGUGCUUUGACAGUUUGCUAAACGUCUUUGUUUUAACUUGUUUUAACAGCACCAUUAGGUCUCGGUUGUUACCUUACGUUGAUGGAUUAUAGUUUAAUGUGCUUAUCUGGUACUGGCCCCGACUCAGUACAUGCUAUCAUGACAGACAGCCAUCUCAACACUAGUGUCUAAUCAGAACUGAAAAACACUCAGUCUGCUGUUGUGUCAGUCUUCUCAUUUCCACUCGGGACGCGUCUUUUUUCCCACCAGAAAGUCGCAAAAUCGCAUCGGCUUGAUGCGUAUAGUCAGAAUUCGCCUCUUAAUGUUUCGUAAUUUUGCGUCAUAUAUUUGCGUCGUUCCCAGUGUAUAAGGACCUGAAGGCUCAACAGAUGAUGACAUCAUUGACAAUUUUUGAUACCCUGGUAUAUAUCAAUAUCGACCGAUAUGAAAAAAAAAUAGUGAUAAAUGUAUUCCCAUAUCGCCCAGCCCUAGCCAGAACCGAAUGGUAGACUAACACUAUAAAUUCUGCUGAUUUAAAAACACUGCCGUUGGCUCAUGAGAUACUCUGAUUUAUGGCAGAAACUCCAGAGCCAAAAAUCUGUUGGUGUCCAAUAUAUUUCACUUACCUUGCAUUAACAGAAGUGAGUAAUAUGGUAGAUAAAGAUAAUACUGUACAUGCAGUGUGUUUGAGUAGUUUUUCAAUCCAGGUUUUAUAGAGGUUGAAGUAAAAAUGUGUAGCUCAGUAUACAGUAGGAAAAUUCACUUGUAAUCUUGCUUAAGAGAUUAUCAGUUACUGGCAUAUGAGUUGUGCAAUUUCCUUCGCAUGAGUCAGAUGUUACAAAUCAAAAAGAAAUUAUUAGGGAGUGUAAGAAACACCAGAACAACUGUCUCUUUUACUGGUUAUACAAACACUGUUGUAAAAUCCUGGUAAUCCUUUAAAAAUGUCUUUUAUAUCAGUACUCUGAGAGCACAAACAUGGCAACUGUUCAAAAUGGGAUUAAUUUCUACAACCAGAGGCUUUGUCUGAAAUCACUCUCUGAUUAAAAUGAGUGCACCAUAUUUGCCUCAGAGUCCAAGUUCUGUGAAUGGAGAUGCUAAUCAGCCAUUAUAGAGUUAAAAGUGAAGGAAAUAGUUGAUGUUUUUACAAGAAGCCAGUCUGAAGUCCACUCUGGAGCUCUCAAUGAUUUCUCACAGGUUUUUGUGACUGUAUUGUGUGCAGCAUAACAAAAUCCUCCCUUCAUCACUCCCCCUUGUCAUCCGGAUCAGGAAGUACCCUGAUACGCUUGCCUGUUGCUGAUGCUCGGAGGGAUUAAUCACCUCCAAUCAAUACUCAUUUUCUCUCAUCCCCCUCUGUUUCCUUUGCUUCCUCUCAGGAUAUUGUCACAGCUGAGUGGGUUUCUAAAUUGAUCUAAUGGAAAAUCUGAAAUGGAGAUCACAGAGCAAACCUCCUUCUUAGUACUUCUUCAUUUCCUUCCAAAAGAAGCAAAAAGAAAAAAACUUUGAUGAAUCUUUUUCUCUUUCUGUUUGUGUUUAGGAUGUUGUCUCGGCUGAGUGAGCUGAUAUGGGCCGACUGGAUUUGGUUUCCUGAAGGCCACGGCUGGGCUGAUCUGACGGACCAUGACGACGUAGUCUUUCCUAAACCAAGGGACCUGUGGGCCACGGUGCCCAUCGCUCUGUGCUUCCUGGUCAUCAGACAAAUAUUCGAGAGGUGACUCAUCACUUUUGGUCUUUAGCAAGAGUCUGUUUCCUUUUUCAUCUACCCCACCACCUAUCUGAUUUUCCGGUUCCUUCUUUGAAGCAUAAACUGCUUUAUAGACAAUAUUUUUAUCCUGUUUGAUUUUCUCUUUCAAGGACAGUAGCGAUUCCUCUCGGAUCCCUGCUGGGAGUGAGCGACAAGCAGCGUGUUCGCGCUUCUCCAAAUCCUGUCCUGGAGUCCUAUUUCUGCAGCACAUCAAAGCAUCCUUCACAGGUAACUGUCCUGCCUACUCCAGAAAAAAAAAAAAAACAGCGCUGUGUCAUGCAAACUGUGUCCUCUGGUAACAGCACAGCUUGAGCCAAAUCCAAAUGUGCAGGUGUUUGAAAAUGAUGUUAAAAAAAACACCCCGUCUUUUAAAGUGACCAGUAAGCUGCCAUCGUUUUCUGACUACAAACAUCAAAGUCAGACUAACCUUUUCCUCUGUUCUUGUCCUGCUUUUGUUGUCAGAGCUCCAUAGAGAGUUUAAGUAAACAGACGGGUUGUUCACUGCGUCAGGUACAGAGGUGGUUUAGGCGGCGGAGGAACCAGGACCGGCCAAGCAAGCUCAAAAAGUUUCGGGAAGCAAGGUAGCUGCUCAACUUCAGGCCGAAGUUAUAUUUUUUUACACUGAUAUCUGUUUUUAAAGGCUUUUUUGAUAGAUUAGAUGCAACUCUAAUGGCCUUUUUUCCACCAAUUUUAAAUGAUUUACAUUCAAGAUUCUGCAGCCAUCACACUGUGUCUUUACAAAGUCUAAUAAUACAAAGCUGAAUUUUCUCAGUUUGGAGUCAAGAUGUCUUUAAGGUACACAAACGAGUCCUUCUCAUGGAAUGCAAAAUCAUAUCGCCUUUACAAUAUAUUAAAAGUAAAUCAUUGACAUUGCUUCAAUGGUCCUUUAAGAUGAAAAUGUAGCAACGAGACUUUAAACCGUUUGCUGUUCUUCUUCCUGAGAACUUUGAGGAUGUUGCACAUCUGGCAGUUCCUCAACCAGUAAAAAAACUACUCUUGUAUUCAAGAGUUUCCAUGAGUGCUGAUGGAGAUGAUAUUAUCAACAUCUCAGGUUUUGACACCCAUACACUGGUGCAAACAUUUCUCAAAUGUGGUUGCAAAAUAAUCUGGAGUGAUGGGAGGUUACAUACUGUACAUUCAAGUCAAAGAGUGAAAAACUACAGUAUGUUAAAUACACUGAUAGUAAUCCAGGUGUCUCCUAUCGUCUGUCAAAGGGAGUUUUCCUCCCAGUAAGGAUUUAUCUCGGUUAAAUUCCAGAGACAUACUGAGAUUUUACUGAUUUCAUUGAUAUUACCAGGUUUUCGUGUCCUUGCGGUCUUGGACGACUAAUUAAAAAUGAAGAGGUUGUCAUUGCCUUCAUUAGUCCGGGUCCUUCACAUACCCAUCAUUUUUAAGAUUGUGACAUAUUUAAUCAAGUUAACCUAAAAUGAGUUUUCUGAGAUGCUGUGCGUUUUCUUACAGUUGGAGAUUUACCUUUUACCUUCUUGCUUUCUUUGCUGGCCUGGCGGUCCUUAUCGACGUGAGUAUUGUGAUUCAACCCGCACUUGUAAUGGCUCUUAUAACUCCAACUCCAAACUUGUUUAUUGAUCAUUUGGCAAAUUUAAUCAUCCUGUCAGAUCCUCAUGUGCUUUAUAAAAGCAAAGAAUUGUAGAAAAUGAAACUGCUGGAUGAGAGAUGAUCUGUUUUUCUGUUUUGUUGUUGUUGUUGUUGUUUGUGCAGCAAAGUGCUUGUGGUAUUUUGUUGGACACUUAGACGGUCAUUAACAUGGAGUGUCUCUUUCCUUAGAAACCGUGGUUCUAUGAUAUGAAGUUGAUGUGGGACGGCUUCCCGAAAAUGGUAUGCCCACACUAAAAUCCAGGAUUAAUACCCAUUUUGUCCUGAGCUAGCUUCUCCUGCCUUCUACCGGUUCUAUUAUUCUCACCAAAGUGUGCUCACUAAGGUGGAGAAAUGACUGUUAUUCACACCGCUUCUCCUCCUUCUCCUCCCCCAGCCUCUGUUGCCUUCACAGUACUGGUACUACAUGAUCGAGCUGGGCUUCUACCUCUCUCUGCUUUUUAGUGUAGCAUCAGAUGUCAAACGUAAGGUAAGUGAUACACUGCUUUUUCUUUAACUUUGUUAUCUCUUGGCUAUAAACCCCCCCCCCCCCCCCAGAAACCAUCCCAUCAAGAGAGAUCGCUCACUGGGAGUAAUGAGAAUGAUCUGUUGUGUUGAGAGUGUAUUUUGAGGUUUUUGGAUAUUGAUUUCAUCCUGUUAAGAUGCUCUGGCUUUAUGCACCAGAUUUAGUGGAGCUAUCAGCAUUCACGUUGCCAUUAAAGAUUACGCUCGAUUGCACUCAUCUAGUCAAUUUAAAGAGGAGUAAAGUCGAAACGAAGCUGUGUUUCUAGUCUGAAAUGCUGCCCUGUUGAACUCUGAGAGAGGGGUCAUACUGCAGAGAGACAGACUGCCCUUUUAACCCAACAGGUUCCAACGUUGUGAAAGGUGGCAGGCCUACAAGCCCGUCUGAAAUCUGCUAGGCCUCCCCUCUUUGCCAGGCUCUGUUUCAUAACUGAAGCUUACACAAAUGCAGGGAGCUAAAGCCUUAAAACCAGAACAAUGGUUUAAGGGUUUCUGUGUUGAAAUGAGCAAAAAGUUACAAAAUCAAUCAACGCAGAGACACAAAGUUCCCAUGUUUGCCCCUGUACUUGGAAGUGGUUUGUUUUUUUAUAACCAGAAAGCCCUAUAAGCUCUGUGCAGUGAGUUAAUUAUUUGUAGCAUCAGUCAGACACACGCCGUCGAUUAGUGACCAAUCUUUACAGCUUGAUCAAUAAGUCACCAAAUGUUGUUUCACACCAUCUCUUUCCAUCUCUUGUUUUUUCCCCCUUGCAGGAUUUCAAAGAGCAGAUAAUUCACCAUGUAGCCACCAUUGCUCUCAUUAGUUUCUCCUGGGUGGUCAACUACAUCCGGGGAGGGACUCUGAUCAUGGUGGUGCAUGAUGCCUCUGACUAUCUCAUGGAGGUAUGAGUUUAUCUUUUCAAAAAGGCCAAAAUAUCAUCAUAUCGAGUGAUUUUUCUCAUAAGAAUGGGUUCAUUGUGUGUUUUUCUCACAUCCACUUCCUUAUUUUUCUGUUUCACUUUCAAUUUGGUGUAACACAUAUUAUUUUAAUUGCAUCCACACCUUGAUAUACAUUAUGGAAACAAUAUAGAUGUGCUAAUUUUGUCUCCAAAAAGUUAAGCAUUGUGUAGAAGCUUGAUUAUGAUGCUCAGUUCAAACAAGUCUCCACCUCACACAGAUACCUGUCUGCCCUCUAGAGGUAAAUAAGUGGAAAGUUUAGACUCUGUUUCAAACUCUUGUCCCUUUGUUUUUAAUUCCAGUCAGCCAAAAUGUUCAACUAUGCAGGUUGGAGGAAAACCUGUAACUUCAUCUUCACCGUGUUCGCCGCAGUUUUCAUCGUCACCCGCCUCGUAAUCCUCCCCUUCUGGUAAAACUCAGGCUUUUUAAUCAGAUUUGUCGUAACUCUUAAGACUUCCGGAUAAGACUGGUUAUAGUCCAAACGGCAUUGCUCUUUGCUUUGGCUCAUUUUUCACAUAACCUGGAAUAUGAGAGGAGGAUGUGACUUAAUGAAAGCAAAUGGAAGCAGAUUGUUCACACUAUUCUUUUCAGAAUAUUUGUUUUUGUCUGGUUUUUCAAGAAAUCCUGUGAAUUGGCAAACAUAAACAAAACCUAUUCAUUUUAUGGUGCAAAAAGGUAGCUGCAGUGCUCCAACAAGCCAAAAGGAUUUUAAGUGCGCCUUAUAGUGCGAAAAAUACGGUAUACCACAGAAAGAUAAGAAUUAAUCUGCUGCUAAAAAUAGUCCCAGUCAAAUGCACUAUUUACUCCAGCUUUGAUACUGUUUGUUAUUUGGUUAUUGAGCAAACUACACGUGUUAUUCUCUUUCUUAGUUUUAUUGGUUUGUUGGGAGAAAGAAAAGCAGAAAUAACAGUUGUAGCGUCAUUUUUAGUGCUAAAUUUGUUCCACAAUUGUAGCUACAACACACUGACUAUACACUGCCACCAAAGCUACAGGCCGUCACUCAACAAAAUGCACCAAGUAAAAGAAGAUAGUACAAGCAGGGGUGUUCAUGACUUACUGUCCAAGAUUGUAGCUGGUUACAAAGAGAGGAGUAGAUCUAAUCAGUGAACAAAUAUAAGCCUCUCAUUGUAUCAAAGUCAGUUUUUCUGGAUGUUUUUGUAAUGCAACAUGCUCUCCUAGAUAUGUCAGCUAACAGGUCAGAAAUUGUGUCACGCACUGAUUCAUUUUGCACCAAUUUCAUGCAAUUAGUCUGAAACUUUUUCAUCUGUAUUCUGUACAUGCAACAACAGACACAUUGUCUGCAGUCCUGGCGCUUUUCAAUGGGCUUUUGAUGGCGAGUGUAGGUGGUUCUGACUGGACUCUCUGUUCUGCCUUUGUCCUCUCAUCCCAGGAUCAUAUACACAACGCUGGUGUACCCCCUGACCCUCUACCCGACCUUCUUCGGCUUCUACUUCUUCAAUGGGCUAAUGCUCGUGCUGCAGGUUCUGCACAUCUUCUGGGCCGCCCUUAUCCUGCGCAUGGUUGUCAAGUUCCUACCAGGCAAUGUAUGAACCAUCAUUCUGUAUUUUCACAGAUUCUUGGUAUUUUUUAUUCAUUUUUUUCUGUGGGAGGAGAUGGAGACAUACUGUCCAUCUUGAUUAACAAGUCAAUGCUUAAAAAGAAAAAACAAGCACUGCAAAAAUUUUACCCGUUUUUUAUCUGAUAGGAUAUCGUGGAGGAUGAGCGCAGCGACAAAGAAGAAACCGAGUCUGAAGAUGAAAGCGAGAAUCGUGAGCAGAGGGGAAAAUCCAAAAACGGCCACUUGCAGAACGGCCACACCCCCCUUAACAACAACCACCGCAAGAUGGACUAAUGGGACAAAGACGGAGAGGAGAGGAGGCUGUGUGAGAAGAGUCACAUGUGGCCUUCAUCUGAAAGCCAAAGAAUGGGAGCACGGCAUGUUGAAAGAGGCAGCAGGCAGCACAUACACAUACUCAUUUACACCUUUGCACUCCUCCCUUGACCCUUGGAUAGCUUCACAUCUGAAGAUUUUAUAACAGACUGCAAUGGAGAGCCACUAUGAUCUGCCAGGCAGCAGAGUGGUUUUUCCAUUACCUGUUGCUCCUUCUUGUUACUACUUUACCCCCCCUCCCCUUAGUCUGGUUUUGCUGUUUUUUGUGCUGUUGACCAAGUCACAAUGUGCCUAAUCUGCCUACUUGUAGCUUUAAGUUUUGUUACUAGGAACAAUUUAAAGACGCUGAGGUCAGGACAGGCUUCCCUGUGCAGUCAGUUAAAACACGUAUUAGUAUUACUGCCCUGAAAUCUGACUGAUUAAUUUUUUGCUCCAUAUAACCACAUAGUGGGAUUGUGUGGAGGUAAAAGAGGCUGUGUCUUUUCCAAGGACCAUAAUCUGAUCAACACAGAGCCAGAGUGUCAAUGAAAUCUUUCAGGUUAGUUUUUGCAGCUACUAUUUUGUCACUCUGGCUCUUGCCAAUGAUUUUGCUAAAAUAUAUUUGUCCAGUAGUAAAAAAUAAAUAAUAAGGAGUUAAAUAUGUGUUUUUUAACAUCGUUGGAGAAUGCGAGAUGGUGCUACAUCUGCCACGUAUCGUUGAAAUGUGCCUGUUAUGGAAGUUUGUCUUAAAUGCUUUGCCUCUUGAGAAGCAGAGCGCACAGAAGAUCUCCGUCAAGCGUAAACAGUGUUUGUGUUUAUGCAUAACAUCUUUUUUUUAGUCGUCUGAUUUUAUUUUGCUUUGUGUUUUAUGUGUUUUCAGCCCGGUUGACCAUUUAAGUUCGGGAGCAGUUUGAUUGAUUGUAGCCCAAAUCAAUCAGUAGCUGUUAAUGGAUUCUUUAUGGGCUGGAAGAGUCGAUAGCAUUUCCAUCCAUUCGGUGUCGUUUUUCCCAUCCAUCCAUCCAAAGAUGCACUUUAUGGUUUCCUCAAAAGAUCAGCAUUGACUACAUCUCUUAUAAACAAGCUAAGUUAAAGUGUUAAAUUCAAAUUCAAACCUGAUUUAAGGUUUGCAGUAUCAUUUCAAAUUUGUUUUAUAUUUAUUUUCAAAAUGAUCCAUGUGAGAUCUCCCUCUGUCAGUGUUUUUGUCAGAAAAAAAAAGAGUGAUUUAGAGGUAAAAUUGAAACACCAAAGUUUACAUUUUCUACUUGACUUUGUAAUUGCAAGUGCCUGCAUCAUUUCAAGCGCUAAAUGUCUUUUUUUUUUUUUUUUGUCUCUCUAUCUGGCGUCUUUGUGUCCCAACUCAUCAACACUUUUUGCACUAUAAUUCUCCGGGCCUUUAAAUUUCCUUCAUGCUUGGCUCACCACAAAUCACCCACAGCUCCGUCUACAGAGCUCUGCUUCUACAGAAAGUGUUUUUAUUCUGUGUUCAUAUGUUGCUGAGAUGUAAAACAUAAUGACCAUGAUGAUAAAAAAAUAAUUAAGAAUGACUA